AUGGCGCAGAAGGGAAGCAAAGAAGCAAAUGAGAGUGACGUCACAUCACCUGAUGUAGGGCAAAAGCUGUGUUUUGAUGACGAGACUUUGAAAGGUAAGGUAACGGCUACAAAGACCAUUACCAAGAUAUUCACAUCAGCUUUUAACAUGUCCAAAGAAGACAUAUUUUUCUUAUUUUCUUACGAUCCUAGAAUAAAGCCCAACACGAGCCUUUUCGGAAGCUUGUGCCUUGAAAAAUUAAUGUCACCUUACGCGACAGCUCUCUGUAUAAAGUGUCGAGCAUCUAACAUAAAAAAAAUAAUUAUUAAAGCAAUUCUAGGCCUCAGUUUUGCAAAAAUUUGGUGUUUCUUUGGUGACGUCUGCGCUCAGGAUACAAAGAUAUCUUUCUGCUGGAGGGUCUAUCGUAUGAAGGACAACUGCUAAAAAACGGCCUAUUUCGAUUUCUUUUCGCGUCUUGGGGAUUGUGUAAAUUUUCUGAAGUUUCUGCUGUUUUCUUGAUUUCAUUUAUUUCCUUGCAUAUUUUUGCGAGUUCUUUGGCAUUAUGUAAUAACGACGGAUUUCGGUAAUAACUUACGCAAUUUUUAAAAAUGUCCUGACGAAAAAUGUAAUAAUUUUGUUUUUGCAAGAACAACGUACAAGCAAAUGAGAAAACGAGAAUGAGAAAAAUUAAAUACCUCUUAGCCGAGUUUUCGGUCCGUACUGUAAAUUACGGACCGAUUAUUUUUCCAUCGAUUUAUGGCCCGCGCGCUUCGCGCUUGGGCCAUAAAUCGAUGGAAAAAAACGAGGAUCCGUAAUUUACAGUACGGACAAAAAAAAACGAGGUUAAUAAGAUGUUUAUUAUAUGGCUUCUUCCUGUUUGGGGGACCGAAAACAAGUGCAGGCCGCACGAUUUGACAGUCAUUUGACAGGCAUCAAAAAGGAAAGAUUUUAUUGGCGCACGAAAACAAUAGAACAGAACAAAGGGUUUCCAAGAAAGUAAAAACAAAUUCGCCAUGUUGAAAAGUUUGUUCCGUCAAAACUAAGAGCACUGUAAGUUGAGUAUUUUUGAAACCGGACACUUCUGUCAAGAAGUCGUUUCCAUCUUUCCUCCGUUUGUCCUUGUAAAAAAAAACACUGUAAAAAGGCAAAGAAGCUUUUCAAGGUAAGUUUUUUUGUCAUUGUCGAAGGACUCGCUCGUUAAUUGUUUUUGCGAAAACCUCUCUUUCUGCCAGUUUAUUCUCAUCUUCAACUGUGAUCUGCGUUAAAAUUUUCAAACACUGACUAGAAUUCUCUUCCUCUGUAAGGUUACGGCUUCUUUCUCGUUAAAACAAAGCUAGGUUAAAAUUUGCAACGGCAAAGUCAACAUCCCAGUCCUCAGGGUUUACAGACAUAUUUUAAAGUUUAUUCGGUCAAACUAAGAGCACUGUAAGUAUUCACUCGUUAAUGUGACGCUGGAGUCUUUUGAAAACUGGACAUUGUGUCUGGCUCGAACUCGCUUCUAUCUUUCUUUCGUUGGUCUCCGAAAAAAACACUGCAAAUGGCAGAAAUGGCAAAGAAGCUUGUCAAGAUGAUCGGGUGCAGGUAUGUUUGUUAUCAUAUUUGUCGAAGAAAUUACUCAUUUUCUCUCAGGCAAAACAUCUCGUAUCUCUGCCAGUCUAUUUUCGUCUUCUUAACUGUGUACUACGAUAAAAUUUUCAAACACUGACUAGAACCCUCUCCGAUAAGAUUAAGAGUUAGUUUCCUCAUCGCCUUUGUUCACAAAUAAACACAGUUUAAAAUGUUGAAGGCCAAGGUCAACAUCCAAGUCCUCAAGGUUGACAGGCGUCCUAUAACUUUAUUCAAACCUUUUUUCCGAGGAAAAGAUAUUUAGAGCUCCGAAUUGAGCAUUUUCUUUAAAAAUUUUGGUCGGUAUAGCAAGUUACGGACCGCAAAAUUGACCAAUCGCAUGGCGAAAACAGACUCAGCCAUAUAAUAAUGUUACUUAUUCUCUGGUUCCCCUGGAACGAGAAAGAAGAGAGACCUGAGAACGAGUUUGUGUUAGUGCCUCAUAAACGAAGUGAACGAACCUGGUUUGCUUACUUUGAAUAAACAUUAAGCUUUAGUCCUCGUAUUUAGGUAGUUUUGGUGGAUUUUGCUUAUAUUAGAAACCCGGUCAAGUGAAUUUCAAUUAUCAUUUUUUACGCACCUUUCAAGUUGCCAAUUCAGUCGAACGAAUCAGGCCCAGUAAGUGUGAGAUCAUUUUGACCGAAUUUUUCCCUCGUUUCAUUUCGAAUGAAAUGCACGUGUGGGGCUUCACCGGCCUUCCAACACAGUCAGACGCUCUAUCAUAGGGCCUUGUUUUGCAUUCCUCCUUAACUACUUUAACGAAAGUCCACCUUGUAAUCCCAAAAUACUAAAAUGCGGACAACAAAAUCAUGAUUCACGCGAGGAAAGGCCCAAAUGCCCAUAGAAAAAAGGUUCUUUGCAAGAUCUGAGAUGUACUUGCCAUUACUUUAAUAUCAAUUUUUUUCGUUUUCUCUGUUGUUUGUAUGUUGUUUUUGCAAAAAUAGAAUUAUUACAAUUUGCGUCAGGACACUGUUACAAAUUCGGUAGACGGACGAUUUUGACAACUGAAUUGUUCAGCUAAGUUAAACAAAUUUCACAGGAAAUUAGUGGUGACUGACUGAGCGAGGGAAUUCGAUCGUCGGUGUUUACGAGUUAACAUGCAACAGAGCUGAGCAAACAGCACAACGAGGUAAAAAGGGUCAAAAUACAUGGUGUCCUGCUUCACUUAACAAUUAAUGAAUGAGGCUGAGUAUCUUAUGAAGAAUUAUGGAGAUCGAAGAGGGUAUUAUCCGUCGAGGCCGUAGGUCGAGGCGGAUAACACCCUCCGAGAUCUCCAUAAUCCUUCAUAUGAUACGAAAGCCGAAUUCAAUAAUUGUUUUUAUUAUUCAUUCAAAAUAAUUCCUAAUUUAAAAACAUAGCUAAAACAUGCUUACCUGUAUCGAUGUUAAGUUCAUCUUCGAUAGUGCACAUUUAGGAUUGUUCAGCUCCGCAAAUAUUCUCCAAAUAGCAGAUGUCGUCCUUCGAGUUGUCUUCUUGCAGUGCUUGCCAUGUUUUUAGCUAUUAUUUCGCCUAGUUCUUACUCUUGAAACGAGUGAAAUGUUUGCCAUUUUUGUUUUCACAACUAAAACAACUCAACCUCGUCUCCAGGUCUUCUCUGUUAACGGUGCGUUAACCUGCAAAAAAGCUGCACUUUUGACGUCAUCGGUUGAUUAAUCGCAAAAUUCUUCCAAAUUUGGUCGUCAGUAGCUGGUUAUGGUGAAUUAUGCGUGUGCUUUUAGCCAAUCAGAAUCGGGGAAAUAUUUUGAAUGAAUAAUAAUAUACAUUAAUAAUUUCUCAAUUUAAUUCUUUUCUAGGGAAAGCUGAGGUUUAUUUUAACAAAGGUAAUGAAGCAUACAGAAAAAAAGAUUACAGCAAUGCCGUUUUCUUCUAUACUGAGGGAAUUGAAGUUAACUGUAAGGAUGAAGAUCUCGAAGCUAAACUGUACAGCAACAGAGCACUUGCACAUCAUAAAUUGGGUGAGUCUAUUUUCAUUUUGAAAAUAGAAGGGGGAGAGCAGCCGACUGGUCAGUACCUCGUACUCGAAAUCCUGACGUCUCGGAUUUGUGCUCCGCUCCACCUGCCGGAUUUAUUUCCCGCUAACUUCAAGUUUACUGAUUGCUCGACCGUGCUUGUAAAAUACAACUUGUCUGCCACCUGCCAGUUGGGGCUUUUAAUUAGGUUUUUUUAUUUAGAAUAUAUUUUUGACUUUUUGAACGAAAGAAGAGCAUUUGUUUUCGUACUUUUUCAUUUUUCAUUAACUCUUAUUACUAAUAGGUGUCGUACUGGUUUUAACACCUCGCACUAUUCUUAAAGGGAACCUCCACUCUUACUACAGAAUAAGUUUAAAUCGAAUAAAAUUAUGUUGAUAAACAAAUUUGUUUGAAAUUUGUCUUAAAAAAAGUGUUUAUAUCAGGAAAAGUGAAUUUUAAAAUCGCUUAUUUUCACUUUCAAAUUUCGUGGGCGCCGCCAUCUUGAAUAAUUGUGACGUGUUACGGUUGCUCUGUUGUUCUGACACAAAGAGCUUUUGUUUAAUAACAAUAGGGCAACCAUUACACGUCACAAUUAUUCAAGAUGGCGACGCCCGCAAAAUUUGAAAACAAAAAUAGGCGAAUCUAAAAGUUAUUUCUUUCGGAUACAAACGCUUUCUUUAAAAAUAUUUUAGAUUGACUUGACUGUAACAGUUAUUUCCUGUGAUUUAAAGUUAUCUUUUUGUUGAAGUGGAGGUUCCCUUUAAGAGAAGAAUAACGACGCAUUUUUUAACAAGGGUUGCGGCAUUUUGUUACAACUUACGCACAUUGUCAUAAGAGCUGUGGCAUUUUGUAAUAAAUGGAGGUUACGCAUUUUGUAAGCCAUAUUAAUCAUUAGUUUCUAGUUAGCUAGUUUUUACGAGAUACAUUAUUAAUUUUGCUUAAAUUUAAAGACCCCUUCAAUUUCAAUAAUAUUUCUAAUACACCUUUAGAGGUCCGACAGUAUUUUGUAAGCUCGAGUUGCAUGUUCUUAGACAAGAAAACCCUGCUUCAAAUUUGGCUUAAACUUAACCAACUUUCGAGGAGCUGGGCCCGGUUCAUUACAAAAAGGCCGCAGUUCUUAUUACAAAAUACGUAAGUUGUUACAAAAUACCGCAACCCUUGUUACAAAAUGCGUAAGUUAUUACAAAAUGCGUCGUUACUAGAGAAUGUGUUUUUUAUUGCUUUAUCACGGCGUUUUUUCUUUUUUUGCAACACUCAUAGGAAAUUACAGUGGCUCACUUAGAGAUGCAAAAGUUGUCAAGGACAUACGACCACUGUUUAUCAAAGCAAUA